ACGCCGUUCUCCUGUUCACCACUAGUGGCCGCUAUGUUCCGCUCGCCGCGACGCAAGCUGCAUGGAUACAGAUUUCUUUGGCUUCAAAGACGCUCAUAACAUACUCCAGAAGCCACAAGCAGUAUCGCUUUUUUAUAAGUAGAAAACAGGAUCGUUUUUUAGGGAGCGUCAACACACCGCGGCACUUAUUUUUCCGUAUACACGUUUAGAUAUGGUUCGUUCAGCAACACAACAAAAGCCGAUCGCGUGUGCUUGAAGCGGACCGGAUGCAGAUUGCUCAGCGGGCUUGAUAUAUCACAUAUUAACAACUCUUCUUGACAAGUGUGUCAAUCCUGUCAUCACAAUUUUUCCCAGGUGUCACUAUGGGGGUUAACGUAAAAACGUACAUCAGCAUCGGCUAUGCGUCGUUCGGGAUGCUUAUGGGGUUCUCCGCCUUUCUGGUCUGGAACAUCGCGUACAGACAGCCGUGGACGGCCGCGAUGGGAGGGCUGUCAGGUGUGCUGGCCCUCUGGGCUCUGGUCACCAACAUCAUGUACCUACAGGGCUACUGGCAGACCUGGCUGAAGGGGCUCCGGUUCUUCCUCUUCAUGGGAUUGUUCUUCUCCCUGCUGUCUCUGACCGCCUUCAUCGCCUUCCUCUCUGUCGCCGUCUCGAAGAAGCAGUCCCUGAGCGACCCCAACAGUCUCUACCUGUCGGCAGUCUGGAGCAUCAUGAGCCUGAAGUGGUCGAUUGUGCUGUCGCUCCACGCCCACCGCUACCGCAAGGAGUUUGCAGACAUCAGUAUCCUCAGCGACUUCUGAUCUCCCACGCAGAACGUCUGGCCAGGGGACUCAGUGAAUUUGAUCUCUUAUGACAGACUGGUUUCAGACAGUGGCUUUGUAAACCCGACGGUUUAGAAGUUAGGUGUACUGGGAGUUCAGGGUUGUGUGGAUAGUAAACACAGGAAGCAUUGUGGGGUUAGUAUACUUCAAGGUAGCCAGCGGUGGUCUUGAAUUCUGCUGUGUAACCUUGGUAAAUACCAUACCAUUUUUAAAUUUGGCUGGCGUGCCCACGCCCAAAGACAUUGCUAUGUUUUAAAAAUUUCACAGGUUUGUAACGUGUUUAUGAGACGAACCUGAAAUCGAUUUAAUGAUUAAUAGAUUACAUGUUUAAUUAAUGGUAUCAUCUGAACCCCAUCCCGUCUGGUUGUUGUAUUUAUCUAUAGUUUUAAUCAACGCAGUGCCCCUUUCCUGCCACAAGAGGGUAUUCACGUACCACCUAUUGUGUAAGCAUCCCCGUCUGUAAAACCCCAGUUAUUUCAGUGGAUGAUUUUAACUUGAUGUCCAAUACCAAUAUCGUUUAAUAAUUAGUCUUUCAAGGGCACACAUGUAUCUAGCAUUGGAUCUAUAUAUUCAAACAUACAACAUAGUUGAAUCAAAACAAAACACAAUUUUAAUUCGAUUCCACACAAUAUCGUGUCUCAGGAGUACACAAACAAUAGCUAAUUAAGAUAUAUAAAUGUUAGUGCGAACAAGACUGGAUUCAUUCACACUUUAAUGUAAAACCUUUGUGUCUAUUUUUAUUUAUUGAUCUUACUUGAAAGUCAUUUUCCUGAUCAGGGAUCUAUUUUGUAGCAUUUGCGUCACUUUGACAUAAACCUAACCAAAAUGAAACAAUUAUCGAUGAAGCUUUUGUUUCGGCACUCAAUUAUUGUACAUUCAAUGAAAUGCAUGCAAGUAAUUAUGAUUUUUAUUUACCAAAUGCUAUUAUUAUCAUUCUAAUAGCAAAUUAUUAUUUUGUUGCCUAAGGGGAAUAUAUUAUAGGCAUAUUUUUCCUUCAUCAAUGUUUGUCUGUGUGUACUACCUUAUCUUUAUACACCAUGUCAAAGUAAUCAUCAUUGUGUCGAUUCUCUAACAGUUCGGAUGUGUGGAUGUAGGGAUGUACCUGUACAGCUCCCCGUGCUUUGAGUCACUUUAAUAAAGUAUCUUUUUUAACAGCCAUG